GUGGUUAUUAUUUUAUCAUAUUGUGGGCAAAAUAAUUAUAAUAAUUAAUAAUUUUUAAUCAAUUCUUAAUAUUAACAAUAGUCAAAUUAUUAAUAAUGGAAGAGAAAAAUAAAUGUAAAAGUGAAUUUACUGACAGUAAGUCAGGUAAUGAAAGCAACGAUGACGAAUUUUCUAGAAGAUCACCAGUACUUUUGGAUUUAGAUAAAAUGGUAAAACGAUCACAGUGUUUGGUAAUUGAACAAGUACCUGAAUCAGCGAGUAGUCUAGAUCAGCAACAUUUUAAUAUUAAAGAAGAAAAUUCGUUGAACCAAGUAAAAGAAGAAACACAAUUAAUGCGUCGACAAUCAUUACGAAGACGUUGGCAAGUUGAAGAUUCUCAUAAUAGAUCGAUUCCUUCGGAUGGUGUGCUUGUUAUCAGAGUUCCUGAACCGGAAACUGUUACUCCUCACUCUCAUUUGGAAAUUUUACAUCAAACUAAAAUUAAAUCUGUCCAAAGAGAACCAUCUCAAUCUGAGAAAGGUAAUUUAUCAUCAGAUUAUAAAAAAUCAGCUUGUGACCGAGAACGCACACGAAUGCGUGAUAUGAAUCGAGCUUUCGAAUUAUUAAGAUCAAAGUUGCCUGUUUGUAAACCACCUGGGAAAAAAUUGUCAAAGAUUGAGUCAUUGAGACAUGCAAUCACUUAUAUAAGACAUUUGCAAAGUCUUUUGGAACCUCAGUAUCCUCCUUAUGUACCAUGUACAUCUGAGGGAACAAAUUAUUAUGCGACUUCUUCAACAACAAGCUCUUACGAUAUUCAACAUCCACCGAGAUGGGAAUCUUUAGCGUAUUACAGAUAUGAUUAUCAUACCCCCUUUAUUCCACCACCACCACCACCAACUUUACCACCGUCAAGAAGACUUACAUCUCCUGAAUCUGAAGAGCAUCAGUACCGUUAUAACCCACAUGUGUAAAAUGUAAUUUUUAAAAGUAUUUUCAUUCAUUUAACGAUGUUUUAUUUUUACACGUCUGUGGAAUUAUUAAAAAAUUUACUAAAGCUA